AUGGUCAUAAGAGCAUCCUGCAAUGAUUUAUUGCUUGUCUCUCCUCAUCUCGACUCUUGGACACAUAUCUACUACAUUUGCAAUCCGAUAACAAGACAAUUUUAUCAGCUCCCGGAGAUACCUCAAACUGAUCGAUAUUUGGCAUGUAGUGGACAGGCAUUAAUAUGCAUGCCUAACAACGAAUUUAAGAUCGUUGUUCUUGGUAGGCUGCGUAAUUCCAUCCGUGUUUGUAGCCAGAAUGUGAUGAUAUUUUCUUCCAAGACAGGAACGUGGGAAAGUAAAUGCUUGGAAUAUCCGAACCCCCGUGAACGAAGGGGGGUUCAUUGGUUGGAAAUGAUUACAUGCAAUGGGGUCGUGUAUUGGUUGGAGCAUGACUUUUAUAUGAAUAGGGUUCUUUCAUUAGACUUGCGGAAUGACAAUAAAGUCGGCACCUUAGACUUCCCCGAUGAUUAUUGGUGGUAUCCGAGGCGUACAAUGGAUCUACGGAAGCAUCAUCGGAUCAGAGGUGGAUUUAAGGGUGAUCACGUCAAAACUCAGAUUGGGGUUGUGAGUGGUGAAUUGUGGUUGCUACAAUUUGUAAACACAUCAGUGAAAGGAAUGAUUAAUCUUAAGGCAUGGAGAUUAAAUAAUGGUAGUGAGUGGAUUCUUGUCGAGGACAGAAAAAAUUUGAAAGAUCCCGUCAACAAGGAGGGGGAGGAGGAGUUUGUGGGUGGUUUUACUCAUCCAUUGAAUAAUGAAGCACUCAUUUUGGUGUGGGGUAGAAAUAUUUUUGAGUAUAAUUUAAUGGAUGGAAGCUUGGAGAUACUAGGUGUGCUUCAAGAAUACAUUAAGGUUAGUAAUUAUGCGUGGUAUAAGGAUGAGCGUCUUGUGUGCAUUCCUGUGAUGCCUCCCACCUGGCUUAUGGCACUUCGUCCUCACCAUCGUGCCUCCAAGUCUUUAUAG